ACUUUCAAGGCGCUCACCGUCUCUGCCAUGGACAUUUUCUGCGACGACCCAACCGAAGUGGCAGCCAAAUCAGCCGAGCGACAAGCCAACAAAAGCGAAAAGGAAAUUAUCGAUCGAAGAGUGAAAAAGUCAUUCGACGCCUGAUUUGCUUUGGCAAAGAGGGCACACAAAUCGCUUUUUCGCAAAAAUUUUAGUUUCAGUUUGCAAAUAAAUUGGAUUGCAGUAAUUGAAAGUUAAUUAAGGAUAUUUGAAUAUACAACGAUACGCGUUGCCUAAUACGGUUGUGCUGUGUGGUGUACUUAUUCCGUGGGUGUUGCAAAUUGUUGGUGAAAAAUAUUUUUUUUUGAAGUACUUCAGCUGGCAUACAUCAGUGGCUUAGCACGCACACACAGACACACACUAAAAUCUCCAGUCACAACCACUUUCGGAGCACAAUGGCUGACAGCGAAUUUGAAGAAUUCCACAGGCCCAUCUUUGAGCCACAUCAAAUUCAGACGUACCUAAGCUCUGGCCAAAAGAAAAAUAAUGCACACACAUUCUACUCCCUCAUUCCCAAUGAUGAUCUCGAGGAUUCGCCAUCUUCGAAAAGUGAUUCUUCCGAUCAGGAAGAUGCUGGCGGUGGAGAACUCUGCUGCGAAUCGUCGACGAAGCUUCAACGUCAGGUGGAGGAUGAUGAAAUUGGCGAUGGUCUGAAAGUUGUAUCACUCUCUUCUGAUGGAUCGCUGGACACAAAUGACUCCUUCAAUUCACAUCGCCAUCAUCCAUUAAACCAUCAGGAUGCAAUCGGUGGUCUAGUUGGCGUUGGUAUUGGUACUGGCACUGGCGGUGGCACUAUUAUUGGAAAUAGUACAACUGGCAGUGAUGGCACUGUGGGUCAUCAAUUAUUGCUCUCGCCCAAUACAGCUGCUGCUAUUGGUGCAACUCAGCUGCAACAACGACGUAGACGAAAAUUACCGGAAAUACCCAAAAAUAAGAAAUCUUCCAUUCUGCAUCUUUUAGGUGGUAGUUAUGGUCAAACGUCAUCGUUGGCCGACGAAAUGAACAACGGACGCAAUCAAAUGAACGACAACAACAACACGCUCGCAGGCAAUACAAUUAUUGGCAACACAAAUGCCCUUCUCAAUAACGGUACAGUACGAAAUAAUCAACGCUCAUUUUUGACACUCAAAUGUGGUUACCUACUCGAUGAGGAUUCUAGUCCCGAUUCGGAACGUUUGCAAAGUUUGGGUGAUGUGGAUAGCGGUCAUAGCACUGCGCAUUCACCGAAUGAUUUCAAAAGCAUGUCCCCACAAAUCACUUCCCCCGUUUCACAAUCACCAUUUCCUCAACCUUUUGGUGGUGUGCCCUUCGCCCAAUUGGAAAUGCUCGAAGCUACACACCGUGGCUUACACAAAUUCAUACCACGUCAUCAUGAUGAGAUCGAAAUUGAAAUUGGCGAUGCUAUUUACGUACAAAAAGAGGCUGACGAUCUGUGGUGUGAGGGUGUAAAUUUACGCACUGGUAGACAGGGUAUUUUCCCAUCGGCCUAUGCGGUCGAUUUGGACUACAAUGAAUUUGAUCCCACGGUGCAGCAGGUGAAGAAAGAGCGUUAUUUACUCGGUUAUUUGGGUUCGGUGGAGACACUGGCUCACAAGGGAACUGGUGUGGUGUGCCAAGCUGUACGGAAAAUUGUGGGCGAAUAUGGCAAUUCACCAACUGGACAAGUGUGCAUACUGGAAGUAUCCGAUCAGGGACUGCGCAUGGUGGAUCGUUCCGGGCCAAAUAAGGACAAGAAACCCUGCAUCGAUUACUUCUAUUCGCUGAAGAAUGUCUCAUUCUGCGCAUUUCAUCCACGCGAUCAUCGUUUUAUUGGCUUCAUAACGAAGCAUCCAACGGUGCAACGUUUUGCAUGCCAUGUCUUCAAAGGUUCAGAAUCUACACGACCAGUUGCUGAAGCUGUUGGUCGUGCAUUUCAACGCUUCUACCAGAAAUUUAUAGAAACUGCAUAUCCGAUUGAAGAUAUAUAUAUCGAGUAAGCCGAUUGCAAUCGCUGAUGACGGCUGGCAAAAAGGAUGUGCUACACUACUACAUAUGUAUAUAAGUAGUUAUUGUUAGUGCUGGUUUGUGGUUUACGCUUAUUUUUUCCCCAAAUUCAUUAACACAAAUGAAAAAUGUUGUCUUCAACAAAUACCAAAUAAGUAAAAAGUACUCAUGCUCGCGUUUAUUGGAUGAAAACGGAAAAUUGAAAUACUUACUUACUAAAGUAAUUAUGUAAUAAAAGUAAAAUUAUUGCAAUUUGAAUUAACAAGAAAACUCUUUAGUAGGAAAAAAAAAAUUAGUAAUAUGUAAUCAAUUAGUUACCACAUUAUUGACAUGUUUGACUUGUUUGACUUGUUUAAUUCAGUUCUUUGUAUUGGUGGUAUGCAAUUUAUUUGUAAAGUUCCAGCGGUGUGAGAAAAGAAUCAAAUUUGUCCUAAAUCCAAAGCUUUUAACUAAGCCUUUCUCUUUUGAUUCCCGUACUGAUUUAUGGCCAUGGCGAAAUAUUCACAGUCGAAUGUGGGGAGUACGGUUUUAUUUUCGUAGUACAGUACUCCCUGUUAAUAGAGAUCGCUUAAACAAUUUUCUCAGUUAUAUUAACUUUUGUGAAGGGAGCAUCGGUUAAUUGAGCCCCCAAUAAUUAAAAGAAAUGCUAUUGAUCGUCUUCAAUUAAACGGGGCGCACUGGGCUGCUUGAUGAAUUGCAGCUGUGGAAAAUGCGCGUUGAAGAAAAAACCGUUACUUAACACCUUUCAGCUGACUUUUAUAUAAAUUUAUGUACACGGAGAAAAAAAUAGGACCUAUAGGAACAAGAAGCUUGUCUCUAAGAAAAGUUAAUUUUUUUUAUUUACCGUAUUUUUUUUAAUUGUCUUCUUGCGCUCAUUGAAAAGUAGGUACUUCUUCUUAGUUGUAUGUGAUGCCUCCUUGAAUUCAUUUUAAAUAAAUAUUAUCAAAUAUAAUAGUGACGGUAAGGUGACCACCGUAGCCAAACCGGCAGAACUGUAAACUGCCAUUCAGUAGGUCCCGGGUUCUAGAACAGGUCAGCGUGCCAACUUUUAUUUCUUCAUUUUCUGUUUUUAACAUUUAAUUAGAUAACCUAAUAUAUAAAAAUCGCCGCUA